UGAAUUAUAUAAACCAUCAACUGUCAAUAACAAACAAGUGUAAACACCCGCAAUGGGAACUUUAUGUUGUCUUUUCCUCGACUUAAUUCAUCUUUAUUAUGAAGGGCGAUAAGGGACAAUAUUCCGUGUAGGCGAAGGUCUUCUGGAUUACUGGCCCCAAGGCGGCUUAUCGUGGGGUUCGUUAAGAUGACACGAUUAAGAUAAUUGUUCCGGCAGCUAAUCAGACGGAAGCGUGGCAGGCAGAGGGUUCGAUUUCAGGGACGACACUUAUCUUUACAGAGAGGGCUCAAAGGGGAGAGGACAAGAUCUAACGCAGAACAUCUGACGAUUGUUUGUGUGAUUGUCGACACAGAAUGUAACACAAUGGCGUGCACAAAACAGACCUGAAGGAAAGAAUGCAGACAGAGCUGCGCUGCUCCGUGUGUUAGAUGACUCAUACUGUGCGAGAACAGGAUUAGUAGAUUGGAAAUGUGUUUCCGGAAAAUCGGAGAGUGCACUUCAGCUGUUAACACACUCCGUGAUGAAGACUCCACUGUGGACGCUACUGUUGCUUGGACUGUGUAACCCAGCAUGGUGUGACUGCCAGAAGGAUUGCCUCUUCUGCAGCCAAAAACUGCCUAAUGAAUAUGCCUUCAACAAUUUGGUGUGUCUGGUAGAGUGUCAUGGUAAACUUUCACCAGGCAACUCCUGGGAGAUGUGUCGCAGGACCAUUGUGGAGCAGAAACCAAAAGCCUCAUUAUCAGUUGGAGGUGCCAUGCUGAAAAGAGCAGAUGAGGAGGCAGACACCUCUCUCCCUGUGGACCAGGAUGAUGGGCAGUUUUCUGAUACCCUCCAGAGGUUUGACCACAUAACACGGGCUUUGGAAAUGGAUGAUCAGGACCGAGAUAUGCAACUCAGUAAAAAAUACAAGUUCCUGCAAGUACAGUCGGCACAGGAAUCUGAGGAGGAGCGAGAUGGAGACAGCGAGAUGGAAGGCGACGAGGAAGAAGCUGCCAUCCACCUAAUCAAACGCUUUGGAGGGUUCCUCAAAAACAAGUAUGGCUACAGGAAGUUCAUUGAUCCUGGCAGGCCUUUGCAAAAGAGAUAUGGGGGUUUCAUAGGCGUCCGCAAAUCCGCUCGCAAAUGGAACAACCAGAAGCGAUUUAGCGAGUUCCUCAAGCAGUAUUUGGGCAUGAGUACUCGAGCUAGCGAGUUCAAUAGUAUGUCUGCUGAUGUCACCCAACCGAAUGAGUAAGCUUUGAUCUUUGAAGCGAAUAAAACUACCCAGCAAACCAUUUGUUAUGCUCAUUCGAAAGAUAUCAUGCACCGUUCUCCUCAAACACAAAAAAGCUUUCAUAGUGCCACAGGGUUAGAUGUGCAUUUACUCACUGAAACAUCUAAUCUGUGUCAAACAAAGCUAACAAUCAGUGAUAUUAGCUUGAAGUUUGAAGAAAACUCUUCAUAUUUAAUUUGAGACAUCUAUAUAUUGGUAUUGUAUAUGAAGGCCCCUGUAGUUUAAUUAUACACUGUACAAAGACCAUUUGAAAACUUUACCAGAUUCAAAUCCAUCUCCUCUACAACACUGCCACCUAUUGGUCAAUGAGAAUUCCCAUAAUGAAAACUCCAUUGUCAUUUAGACAGUAAUUACUCGACACAAAGUAGAAUGAUUAAAGGAAUAGUUCACCAAAUAUGAAAGAAAUUGUCACGACUUACUUAACAUUAUAUCGUUUUGAGCUCAAAACGCACCGUAAAUCACCACUAAAGUCAAAUGAAAUCAUGAGAAACAGUUUUUAACUGUUUAAACCUCAUUUUUACUUUCAAAUCUCGCAUCAAAUUUGCGACGCUGCAAUUUGGUCAUGUGACACGCACGAAUUAUGUUUGGGAUUGGGAAGCGACAGAUUACUUGGAGUAUAUAGCCACAUUUUGUUAUUUUUGGAGCUUAAUGGGCUGUAUAAAUAGCCUAACAAUCUGCUUUCGUUGUAUGGAAAACAUAACUAUUUUACGAAGUAGUGUUUUUGUAUGAUUUCGUAUGUGAAUCAUAUGAAAAUAUGAUUUUAAUAAAAAAAGAAAGCCUAAACCAUCCCAAACCCCACUCCUAAACAUAACCAUCACGAGUCAAAUGUGAUUGUACCAAUGAAUUCAAACUAGCCACCAAUUUGCCAAACCGUAAAAUAGUUAUCAAUUGCAAUGAGAUUGUAUUGGAAGAAGAGCAGCUUGAACAGUCUGCUUAACAUCUCCUUUUUGGGUUUAAUGAAGAAAGAAUAUAAAAUGGGGUCAGAACGAUAUGAGCACAAGUAAUUGAUGAUAGAUUUUUCAUUGUUUUGGUGAACUAUCCCUCUAAGGGGAUUAAGGAAAGCUAAUCUGUGUUUGCGGUCUCCCCCCAAAAAUAAAUAAAGCCAGAUUUCACAUAAAUCAUUCCAGCAAAGACUCAUCACUGUAAUAUGCCUAUACAAACAUAACAAAUUCUGUCAUGCACAGAGUUUGCUUCCUCAUCAAAGAGUGGAAAACCAAAAGCUUUAAUUUUAUUUUUUUUAUUUUUUUUGAAGCUGUCAAAGUUUAUUUGUAUUUGUGCAUACGAAAUGAUGUAUUUAUGCAAACAUUACCGAGUCAUGCUUUUCCCUUUAUUCCAAUACUAAAAAUCACGAUGUUCACUAAAUGAUCUGUACAUAGUAACACUGAACUGUCAAUAAAAUAGUUUACUAUUUUC